UGGCGGAUUUUGGCGUCUUGUGUAUUUAUAGACAUUCUCGACCAAUUUAUUAAUUAAAUAAUCAUUUAUUUAAUUGCUCAUAAUUUUCUGUGCUUAAAUUAUAUUAUUUUUGUUCCGUAUAAUCAUCGAAAAAGCCAAUGCUUAAGCCUAAAAUGUUGCUAAAAUAUUCAAUACUUUUGCUCUAGUAGUUCUAAUAAUUUCUAACUCUAUUGCUAUAAUUUGUUUGUUUAUGCCGCGAAUAUACAAAUGAUAAGGUGUAUAGAAUUUUCAUUGAUCUUAUAAUAUAAAUUUAAUACAAAAUGAAUGAUUUAAGAGUGUGUAGAACAUGCCUCUCAUUAGAUGUAAAACUUGUGAAUUUAAAUUCCCAACCAUUACAUAAUUAUUAUCAAUUGUUAUUGGGAAAAUCUGUAUUCUGGGACCCGAUACCAGUAACAAUUUGUGUAAAAUGCACUGCCAUGUUUACGAAGUUCAGCAAAUUCCGUGAGCAAUGCAUCAACAGUGAGGGCAUACUGAAUGCUCUUGUAUGCUCAAAUGCGAAGAUAACAGACAAAGAGAUCGAGAUUAGCAGAAGCAAUCUACGCCUGUCUAUAAACUUAAGUACAGAAACACAGCAAAAUAUAGAUGUUUUGUGUAAUUCAGAAGAAUUUGAUGUUGACGCGAAGAUAGAACCCCACAUUGAUAUAAAAGUAGAGGCCGACUAUGACGACUACUAUCCUCUGUCUAGUGACGAUGAGCCUCUAUCAUUACACAGAAGCUUAAAAGAUGAACAAGAGGGUAAAAAAGAGAAGAAGAAAAAGAAGAAAUCUGAAAAGAGUAGGGAGGUUCCUAUGGUGACAGUCGAUUCUGUCGACGAUGAUGUCGAGCCCAGAAAGCAAAAACGUGGAAGGCCAAAGAAAUCUAAAGAAGAAUCAAAACCCAAGAAACCAGUGAUAAGACGUACCCAGAAUACGGGGGGAGUGUGUAACGAUGAUAUGGAUUUGGAGACAUUCUGCACCAUCACAAAGUUGACGCUCGAGGAGCAAAUAGCUGAGGUGGCUAAGCGGCAGAACUCGUCAAAUUACAAGAACGCGUUAUUUCAGUGUGAGCUCUGUUACAAGGGCUUCAUAGACGACGAGGCAUGGAAACACCAUCUCAACAAACACAGUCCGAGUUCCGGCGACAUGGAGUGUCCGGUGUGCAAGAUGCGUUUCCGGACGAAGCGCACCCUGCAGAAGCACACGUCCAACCACGAGAAGAAGUACGAGUGUAAAGCCUGCUGCUACGUGUCGCAGACCACAACUCAAGCCAAGCAGCAUCAGCGCUGGCAUAAAGGAGUGACUUACAAAUGUCAGUACUGCGAUGAAGUCUCUACCAAAUGGACGUCGUACCUCAGCCACGUGCGUAUCAAACAUCCGUCUGAACACAUCUGUCCCACGUGCGGGUACUCCUUCGUCAGCCGCCUCGGACUCACCAUGCACAGGACCAUGAUGCAUAAGGACCAAGAUCAGAAGGAGACAGACAACACAGAGGGUACAUACUGCGAACAGUGCGACGUUAAGUUCGAAACGCCGCAAGCUUGGAGGCGGCACAUGGUCACCUCCGUGAAACAUACGCAGAGCCGGGAUUUGAAACUAGUCAACGGCUGUCGCGUCUGCGGCGAACGGUUCGCGGAUAGCGAGCAGCUACGGAUCCAUCACAGACGUUCCCACGCGCGCGCCCGCCCCAAGAACUACGGCAAGCCGCGCAACGAACGCACCUGGCCCGCCAAGUGCACAUAUUGUCCGGAAGAGAUCCCGAACGCGCGUGAGUAUUGGACCCACUUCCGUCGCGAGCACCCCGACAAGAACUAUCCCAUACCGAAGGACUACGUGUGCGAUAUAUGCGGGAAAAGUUUCCGGGGUAACGCGUUCCUCGUGUACCACAAGCGGACUCACUCCAACGAGCGCGGGUUCAAGUGCCCGCUGUGUCCCAAGGCGUUCUUCAACCGCUACAACCUGCAGAUGCACGAGAAAACCCAUUCGGAGAACAGGCCGCAUCCGUGUUCGGUGUGCUUCAAAGCGUUCAAGAGUAAGGGCGCGCUGGAUAGACAUUUCAGGAGCCACACAGGCGAGAAGCCCUACGCUUGCGAAGUGUGCGGAAAAGCGUUCGCGCAGUCCAACAGUAGGAAGCUACACGUCAGGACCGUUCAUCUCAAGCAACCCUCUCCGUAUCUAAGCCGCAGCCGCCAGGAGCGCCGCAAGUGCGCCGCCGCCGCGCUGCAGCUCAAAGACGCACACUACUAAGCUAGAGAGAUACGGAGAUAGGUAAGGCGUGCGGUGCGAUAGGGAUAGAGUAUCGGAGUAGCGCCGCAAAUGCGCCGUCGCCGCGCUGCAGCUCA